AUGUCUACGUCUGACAUGUCCUUUACGACACGGGCAACGAAGUCCAUAGAAGAUGCCAUGUUCAACGCAGAACAGCAUGGUUCUUCUCAACUUCUACCCCUCCAUCUCGCACUCGCACUCCUCGAUCCUCUACCCGAUCUCUCAAAAGACCAACAGCAGACUAUGAACGCAUCUCAUGGCUCUGCUUCGCAAUCACUAUUCCGCCAAGUAGUAGAGCGAGCACAUGGAGAUCCGCAAGCUCUUGAUCGUUCCCUCAAGCGUGCCGUUGUUCGUUUGCCUAGUCAAGAUCCUCCGCCAGAACAAGUUGCCGUCUCGCCUUCUUUCAACAAAAUUUUGAGGGCGGCAAAAGAACUGCAGAAGACGCAGAAGGAUUCUUUUAUUGCGGUGGAUCAUUUGAUCAUCGCAGUGACUCAGGAUACAGCUGUUCAAGCAUGUUUGAAGGAUGCUAAUAUGCCAAAUGUCAAGCUUCUGCAAGAUGCGGUUUCACAGAUUCGGGGAACGAGAAGAGUGGACUCGAAGACGGCGGAUGCGGAGGAGGCGAAUGAGAAUUUGAAGAAAUUCACGGUGGAUAUGACGGCGAUGGCUAGAGAGGGCAAGAUUGAUCCAGUUAUUGGAAGAGAGGAGGAGAUUCGCCGGGUCAUUAGAAUCUUAUCCAGACGAACGAAGAAUAAUCCGGUUUUGAUUGGUGAGCCUGGUGUGGGUAAGACGACGGUGGUGGAGGGAUUGGCGCAGCGAAUUGUUAAUGCUGAUGUACCGGAUAACCUUGCGGCUUGCAAACUUUUGUCGUUAGAUGUCGGCUCGAUUAUCGCUGGAAGUAAAUACAGAGGAGAGUUCGAGGAGAGAAUGAAGGGUGUUUUGAAGGAGAUUGAAGAUUCGAAGGAAAUGAUCGUUCUUUUCGUCGAUGAGAUGCAUCUUCUUAUGGGUGCUGGCGCUAGUGGUGAAGGUGGAAUGGAUGCUGCCAAUAUGCUCAAACCUAUGUUGGCACGUGGACAACUUCACUGUAUCGGUGCUACCACUCUCAACGAAUACCGAAAGUACAUCGAAAAGGAUGCAGCCUUCGAACGUCGUUUCCAACAAGUCUUGGUCAAGGAGCCGUCUAUUCCUGAUACCAUCUCCAUUCUUCGUGGAUUGAAGGAGAAAUACGAAGUUCAUCACGGAGUCACAAUUGCGGAUGGUGCUCUUGUCUCUGCGGCUACAUUGGCUGCUAGAUACCUUACACAAAGACGACUUCCGGAUUCUGCUGUUGAUCUCAUUGAUGAGGCAGCGGCUGCUGUUCGAGUUGCACGCGAGUCACAACCUGAAAUUAUUGAUUCCCUCGAUCGAAGACACCGACAACUCGAAAUCGAAAUCCAUGCGUUGUCUCGAGAGAAGGAUGAUGCUUCGAAAACUCGUUUGGCUCAAGCUAGACAAGAUGCUAGUAACGUUGAGGAAGAGCUUAGACCUCUACGUGAGAAGUAUGAGAGCGAAAGAAAGAGAGGCAAAGACAUCCAAGAAGCUAAAGUCAAGCUCGACCAAUUGAAGGUCAAGAUGGAAGAGGCUACUCGGUUGGGUGAUACUAGCAAGGCUGCUGAUCUUCAAUACUACGCCAUUCCGGAACAACAAGCAUUUAUCAAGUCUUUGGAGAAAGAGAAGAAGUCUGCCGAUGCGGCUCUCAGCUCUUCUUCUAACCCUGAUUCUGGUGGAUCUCUUAUUACUGAUACUGUUGGUCCAGAACAAAUCAACGAGAUCGUUGCUCGAUGGACUGGUAUUCCUGUCACGAGACUCAAGGCUACUGAGAAGGAUAAGCUGUUGAAUAUGGAGAAGGCUUUGGGCAAGGUGGUUGUCGGUCAAAGUGAAGCCGUUAAAGCAGUCUCAGAUGCCAUCCGACUUCAACGAGCAGGACUUUCUAAUCCAAACUCACCACCAAGUUUCCUGUUCUGUGGUCCAUCCGGUACUGGUAAGACACUUCUUACUAAAGCACUUGCCGACUUCCUCUUCGAUGAUGAAAAGGCUAUGAUCAGACUCGACAUGUCCGAAUAUCAAGAACGACAUUCACUUAGUCGUAUGAUUGGUGCACCCCCUGGAUAUGUUGGUCAUGAUGCCGGUGGACAGCUUACCGAAGCCCUCCGUCGCAAACCCUUCUCCAUUCUUCUCUUCGAUGAAAUCGAAAAGUCAGCAAAGGAAGUUCUCACCGUUCUCCUUCAACUCAUGGAUGAUGGUCGUAUCACUGAUGGCCAGGGACGUGUUGUUGAUGCGAGAAAUUGUAUCGUGGUAAUGACAUCUAAUUUGGGUGCUGAAUACCUCGAUCGUCCUAAUGCUGCCAAUGGAAAGAUCGAUCCCACUACUCGCAUGAUGGUCGAACAAGCUCUCAAGGAUUAUUUCUUGCCUGAAUUUCUUAAUCGUAUCAAUGCGACUAUCAUCUUCAAUCGUCUCACCAAAAUCGAAAUCCGCAAGAUUGUCGACGUACGCCUUCUGGAGAUUCAAAAGAGACUACAGGACAAUGGCAGAGAUAUCAAAAUCGAUUGCAGUCCUGCAGUCCGCGAUUAUCUCGGCUCGGCAGGUUAUAGUCCAGUGUAUGGUGCCAGACCGCUUGCGAGGUUGAUAGAAAAGGAGGUGUUGAAUAGAUUGGCGAUACUACUAUUGAGAGGUGCAGUUAAGGAUGGAGAGGUUGCGAGGGUGGGAAUGAGAGAUGGUAGGAUUGUUGUCCAGCCUAAUCAUCAGGGAAGUUCGGAGGAAAAUAGUAGUGAGGAUGAAAUGGAGAUUGAUGAGCAUGAUGCAAGAGAGGCUUUUGGUCGUAGGGGAAUGAGGGAUGAGAGGGAUAGUGAUGGGGAUUUGGAUUUAUAUCGGUAG